AUGUCCGCUUUCUGCCUGGGCUUGGCCGGCCGCGCUUCAGCACCCUCGGAGCCGGACAGCGCCUGCUGCAUGGAGCUGCCCGCCGGGGACGCAGGCCGGAGUCCCGCCGUCUCCGCCGCCGCCCUCGUCACCUUUCCCGGGGGCCCCGGGGAACUGGAACUGGCAUUAGAGGAGGAGCUGGCGUUGCUGGCGGCUGGGGAACGGACAUCCGAUCCCGGAGAACAUCAGCAGGCCGAGUCCGGGCCUCCGGUCGAAGGGACCGGAUCGCAGACCACGCCGCCGCCUCCGACCCAGGAUCCCGAGCUGCUGUCCGUGAUCCGUCAGAAGGAGAAGGAUCUAGUGUUGGCGGCCCGGUUGGGCAAGGCGCUGCUCGAGAGGAACCAGGACAUGAGCCGGCAGUACGAGCAGAUGCACAAGGAACUGACCGACAAGCUGGAGCACUUAGAACAAGAGAAGCACGAACUGAGAAGACGAUUCGAGAACCGUGAAGGGGAGUGGGAAGGGCGAGUGUCCGAGCUGGAGAGUGAUGUGAAGCAGUUACAGGACGAGCUGGAGAGGCAGCAAGUCCAUCUUCGCGAAGCAGAUCGAGAAAAAACACGGGCUGUCCAGGAACUGUCAGAACAGAACCAAAGGUUACUGGAUCAACUCAGCAGGGCCUCUGAAGUCGAGAGACAGCUCUCCAUGCAGGUCCAUGCCCUCAGAGAAGACUUUCGGGAGAAGAACUCCUCCACCAACCAGCACAUCAUCCGGCUCGAGAGCCUUCAGGCAGAGAUCAAGAUGCUGUCUGAUCGGAAGCGGGAGCUGGAGCAUCGGCUCAGCACCACCUUAGAGGAGAACGACCUGCUGCAAGGCACUGUGGAGGAACUGCAGGACCGAGUGCUGAUCCUGGAGAGGCAGGGCCAUGACAAAGACCUGCAGCUCCACCAAAGCCAGCUGGAGCUCCAGGAGGUCCGGCUGUCCUACCGGCAGCUGCAGGUGAAGCUGGAAGAGCUCACGGAGGAGAGGAGCCUGCAGAGCUCAGCUGCCACCAGCACGUCCUUGCUGUCAGAGAUCGAGCAGAGCAUGGAGGCUGAGGAGCUGGAACAGGAGAGAGAGCAGCUGAGACUGCAGCUUUGGGAAGCCUACUGCCAGGUCCGCUAUCUCUGCUCUCACCUCCGCGGGAAUGACAGCGCCGACUCCGCCGUGUCCACGGACUCCUCCAUGGAUGAGUCGUCAGAAACCUCAUCGGCCAAGGACGUGCCGGCCGGCAGCCUGCGCACCGCCCUCAGCGAGCUCAAGAGGCUGAUACAGAGCAUCGUGGAUGGCAUGGAGCCCACGGGCUCCCGGAGAAUUGAUGAUGACUCCUUAGAAGAGCAGAUAAGGCAGACCAGUGAGGACUCAAGAGCCCUGAGGGAGCUCAUGGAGGGGGAGAGGGGUAAACUGAAACAGAGCCUAGAAGAGCUGCAGCAUCUCCACAGUCAGGUGACGCUGCUGAGUGUGGAGAUGACUGUGCUGAAGGAGGAAAGGGACCGGCUCAGGGCGGCGUCUGAGGACAAGGAGCCGCAGGAGCAGCUUCAGAAGGCCCUCAGGGACCGGGAUGCAGCUAUUGCAAAGAAGAACGCUGUGGAGCUGGAACUUGCCAAGUGCAAGAUGGACAUGAUGUCUCUCAAUAGCCAGCUGCUGGAUGCCAUUCAGCAGAAACUGAACCUCUCACAGCAGCUUGAGGCUUGGCAGGAUGACAUGCACAGGGUCAUUGACCGGCAGCUGAUGGACACGCACCUGAAGGAACAGAGCCGGCCUCCCGCCGCCGCCGCCUUCUCCAGGGCCCACAGCACAGGGCGGGGCCGUGAGCCCAGCACCAUGGACGGCAAACGGCUCUUCUCCUUCUUCAGGAAAAUUUAAGUUGAGAAGAGCCAGGCUCUGAGGAUUGGGGGGGGGGGGGGCUGGAAGCAAACGAAAAGGCAUUAUGAGCAAGUGUCCCCUCGGGUCGGGCUGGGCAGCCAAGCUGCCUGCCAGCCUCAUGACCCAGCCAGUCCCAGAGAGCCUGAAGCCUCCCUAUUGUCAGUGUGCUAGAGACCAAUGAGUGGGGGCCGCCUCGGCCUCUGCCGGCUGCUCUGCUCGCCACCGAGGGCCAGGCCAGAGCCCUGUCCCCGCUGCCCAGCCUCUGAGCCUGGGCUUCCCCAGGAUCCUUUGCUGAGCACAGCUCAGGCAGCCUCCCUCCCACGCCGACCCAGCUGACCUCAGCCCACCUCACAGGCUCUGCCGCCUCCUGGCGUUUAGAAGAUGGGGAACACAGACGGAGUCCUCUGCCUGCCUCCUCAGGCUGAGCCUCGGGCUGACCCUGUAGGGCACAGCCAGGCUGGAAGACUUCAUUUCUGCCCCAGCCACUGGCCCAGAGGAAGGGAGGCACGGCCCUCACCCCCAUGCAUGCACCUCUGCUGGAGCCUCUGUGUGGUGUGAGGCCCAGCCUGUGGCUGUGAGGCCUGAGCUGGGGUGUACCCAAGCUCCAUUGAGGCUACCCUGUGCCCCAGGGAGGAGGGAAGACCUAUUCCCUGACCGCCGCCAUUCUUCCUCUGCCUCUUCCAGUUUGGUCCUUACCCACUUGUGAAGCAGGGCCAGACGGUAUUGUCACUGGCCCUCUGCAGGCUUUAGCCAUCCAGCACUUGCCCCUCGGGUAGGGCUGGGAGAGCACUUGUCUUCCUCCCACAGCCCCCUCAUCUCAGAUACAACUUCUUGGCCCAAGCCAGGCAAGUCCAGGCCACAGAAUGGCCUCUGAGGAGCCUGGCCAAUCACCUCACAUUAAGAGCAUUACAGGUCCCACAGGGCGGACCGGGUGAGGGUGCCGGGAGCCUCCAGAUACUGCCCACCAAGCUUAAGAAGAGCAGCCACCUCACCGUCUCUGUUGAGACCCGCCGGGGCUCCGUGGGCCUGGCCCGUCCACAGCUGCUCACCAGUGGUUCAGUCUCCCACCCUCGCCAGGGAGAAGCACAGCAGGGACGAGCGGACAGAAUGUACCUGUAGAUAUGUACAUACACAGUGCUGUUAAUUUUGUAUGUAGCAAUCAUGUAAAUAAGUGUAUGGGUUUUAUAAUACACACAUAUAUAUAAAUCUAUAAAGGCAUAUUUUUAGAAAAACAGCACACCACUGCUUCUUUUGAAAAUAGUCCAAGAAUAAAAUGAAUUUCUACAGUU